AUGCCGGGUUUGAACGCUCUAUCCUCGCGCCACACAGUGAUCAUUCAACAUGACACUGCGAGCGACUACUUGGCAUUGUCCUACCCUACAUUGCGACGCCACGAAGCCUCUGCUAACAUUGUCCUUGCCCAUGCCCUGAAGCGCGUCAGCGCCGAGGCCGCCUUGAGCGGACACCAAUUCAUUAGCGACGCGGACGUGCACGAGUACCUGUCCACACUCGAGACUUCGCAUUUAUCCCCGCACACGACCAGCGACUCCUUCUGGCUCACCAUGUGGAGCCUUGCGCCUUCUGCACCUCCGACACUAGAUCUCGUCCUCACUUGCGUCAAUUGGACGCUGGGCGAGUACCCCAUCUUCCUUUGGACUCCUCACCAUCCGAGCACUCUCACCUCGGAGUGGCUAAUUCCCCGCAUUACGCAGCUGGUGGGACACUUACGCUCAUGUGUGCCCCCAGAACGGGUCUACUCCGUAUUUGGAAUGACACCAUUGGUCAAAGCAUUCGCACGACAGUGGACAGAUGUGACUGGGUUCGCGGUCGAGCCCGAGCCAUUUUAUGCUGCCUACUUCUCCUUCUGUACGCGCCACAUUUUCCAGGGCUCGGCUGCCGAGUUACCCGAGGGACACGUCCUGCGCCGCGCAACGCUGCAUGAUCUGGAGCCCGUCGCCCAGCUCUGCAAAGAAUUCGCCGACGACACUGUCUUUUUCCCCCUCUCCAUCGAAAAUGCGCGGAUAGAAGCGCGUGAGCUGAUCACCAAAGGCCAAAUAUGGGUCUACGACGCCAACGGGGUCAUUACGACGAUUUGCGCGGUCACGCGGAACUCGCAGCGCGUCUCCGCGAUCACAAAAGUGUAUACCACACCCGCAUGGCGGAGGCGGCGUUGCGCGGAAUUCCUGGUACGCGAUGUCACCGCCCGGCUUCUGUUUGACUGUGGAAAAGAGCGUGUCGUGCUGUACGUCGGACAUGACAACAACGCGCAGCGCGUCUACGACCGGGUCGGAUUUGCCGGCCUGUGCGGCAAAGACAAGCCGCAGGGCGUUGAAGACUCUAUUGAGCUCGGAUUCGUCGGGACGAACAGAGGCCAUUGGUAA